CUGUGAGAAAUUGAUUAUCCGAAAUUUCAUAGCAAUUUAUGGAGACUUUUCAAUCUUGAACGUUUACUAGUCUAAGUUAAGAGCUUCUUCCAGUUUUAGUAAAAUGUUCUAUACUUUCUGCUAUGGAAUUUUGUUAACGAUUCUAUUACAUUCUGUUAAUCAAGCUACAAAUUCAAAGAUAAACUCUACAAGACUCCAUGUAGAUGUAACAUCAACCCCUUCUCUCUUCCCAGGCGAAACAAGCCUCGUAGUAGCCUCUGAACCAGACACUUUUUGUGAUGCUCACGAGUUUUUGUGCAAAAAUAAAAACUGCAUAAACAAAAUCUACAUUUGCGAUGGAGAGGAUGACUGUUAUGACAACAGCGACGAGGGAAAAUGUGGUACACCGCCAGCAGGCUCGAGGUGUCCUCUUACUCAUUUUGAUUGUGGUAGUGGCUCGGUUAUUUCCGAUUUUGAGUGUAUCUUUAGAAGCUUUAGAUGUGACGGCCAACCUGACUGUGCCAAUGGCAUUGACGAAGUGAAUUGUACGCGCCCAAGAAUAACAGAAUCCACCACAUAUCCUAUUGACAUCAGUGUUGGAGAAACAGUUCACUGCAUGUGUGCGGCUACUGGCGAACCACCUCCUGUUAUAUCUUGGCGGUUUAACGACAAAAGAAUUCCUUCUACACCAAGAUUGACCGUCCAGUCUAUCAAUGGCAAGAGCCAACUUACGCUAAGAAAUGCCACUAAAGCAAUGUCGGGAAGUUACCAGUGUGAAGCUCACAAUACCAAGGGAUCUGUUCGUGCUUAUCCAACAUGUGUCAUUAAGGUGAAAGUUCCAGGAGAUGCUUGCAAGCCUCCACGAUUCAAUGCUGCUGCUUUAUCACCAGACGAGUGUCGUGAAUGCUUCUGUAUGGGAGUCACAAAGGAUUGUCAAAGUGCCUCUCUCUACAAAAAACAGAUUGAAACAAAGUUCGUCGAACCUGGAGAUUUUCAUGGGUUUCGUCUUGUUAACGAGAACGAAGAAGAGAUUAAAACAAAGAAAUAUAGAGUGGAUGUCAGCUCGGGAGCGCUGCGAAUUAGAAAUAUCAAUGAAACUGUUAAUUACUUUUGGAAACUACCAAAACAAUACCUAGGCAAAAGGUUCACAAGUUAUGGGGGCGUUCUUCAAUUCCACCUAAAGCGUUCCAGUCCUUCUGUUCUUGGAAAAAUAGAUGUUGUUGAUAGAAAGCAACAACGAGACGCUCUCAACCAACCAAAAGGGCAAACACCAGCUGACGUCAUAAUGAAGGGCAAUAGAAUAAUUUUGGAGUAUCGUCAUAUCCUAGAGCCUCAGCCUGAGGUAUUCAAUCAUCUUAUUACUCCUCUCGUAGAGGAAGUGUGGAAAACUACUGAUGGGAGACUUGCCAGACGAGGAGAUCUCAUGAGAGUAUUGUUCAAUCUUGAUUCCAUUCUUAUUCGAGUUGGCAAAGGAAAAUACCAAUCUAUCAGCGUCAAAGAUGUUUCUCUUGACGUGGCCACGCCAACUGACAAGGGACAGGGACAAGCCAUUUUUGUGGAGCAGUGCCGCUGUCCACAAGGAUACCAAGGGCUUUCUUGCCAGUCGUGCGCGGCAGAUUACAUUCGAGAUCCUGGAGCCGAGUCUUUUCCAUUAAGAUGCAUCAAGUGCGCAUGUCAUGGACAUUCUAGUGAAUGUCAUCCAAGCAACGGGACCUGCUUCAACUGUGCUCAUAACACCGAAGGUCCCUAUUGUAACAAAUGUAGACCUGGUUUUUAUGGUGACGCUCGAAAAGGUACACCAACUGAUUGUUUACCUUGCCCAUGCCCACGUGACCGUCUACCAUAUAGGUUUAGCAAAACAUGUUUUCUGGCAAAGGAUGGAAAACCUACUUGUGAUGCGUGUGAGAAGGAGUACACUGGACGAAACUGUGAAAGGUGCAGCAAAAAUUACACAAGAAACCCACUAGUACCUGGUGAAAAAUGUUUACCGGCAGGGCCUGAGUCAUGUGAUAUCCGAGGAAGCUAUUCUGAGAAACCAGACCGAGAAACACGCAGAUGCCGCUGUAAGCCUUAUGUGACAGGAGCCACGUGUAACGCAUGCCUAUCAGGAUACUUUGGUUUUGGUUUAGAUCCCUACGGUGGAUGUUUGAGAUGCUUCUGUAAUGGAGUGUCUGAUAAAUGUGCAAGCUCGAUGCUCAACAAAACACAGAUCACUGUGGUGUUCAUAAAAGGAGGUUCCCAGGGUGUUACUAUGACCAAUGCUAACGAAACGUUACAAGAUGAAAGCUUUCUUUAUAACUCAGUAACACAAGAGUUGGUUCACCAGGUUAAUCGAGAUAAAAUUCCACUUUUCUGGAAACUACCAGAGACGUUCACUGGAAAUAAGCUAACAUCAUACGGAGGAAUAUUGUCUUUCGUUAGUUCUUACGAUAUCAGCAAACAAGGAAAGACGGUUACAGUGCUUUUGAAGGGCAAUGGACUUAUACUCAAGAAUAGUCAACCAGUUGGUCUUCGGCAGCAAGAGUAUACCUUCGUACUUAAAGAGGGACUUUGGCGUAACCUUGAGGACCAAGUAGUGUCACGUAGUCGACUAAUGAUGGUCCUGUCGUCACUGGGCUCUAUUCUUAUCGAGGCACUUUAUGACACAAAGUCUUUACAUGCAAGUCUUCGUGAAGUGUCAUUGGACAUGGCAGUUGAUCAUCCAACUAAUCAGUCACGUGCUUUAAAGGUAGAAAAGUGCGAAUGUCCAAAAGGAUAUGUAGGUUUCUCAUGUGAGUCAUGUGAUAAGGGCUACUACAAGAAAUCAGAUGGAAGAUUGCUGGACAGAUGUGCAAAAUGUGCAUGUAAUAAGCAUUCUGAAGAAUGUGAUGCGUCUGAUGGCACCUGCCAGAACUGUUUACACAAUACUUUUGGGGAUCACUGCGAAAAAUGUAAACCUGGUUUCUAUGGCGACCCGACUGUUGGUUCAAUCUACGAUUGCAGGCCUUGCACAUGCCCAAUGACAAAAUCUCCCAAUAGAUUUAGCAAGACUUGUUUCGUUGAUAGCGAUGGUUUUCCUACUUGUGAUGCCUGCCCCGUUGGCUAUACUGGAAGGAAGUGUGAGAGAUGCAUAGAUCCUUUUGUUGGGAACCCUUUGGUCGUUGGCGACUUCUGUAAAUUUGAGGAGGAUUGUGGAUGCGAUCCAAGAGGAACAGUAAACAACACUUGUGACCCUUUCACUAGGCAGUGCUUUUGUAAGGAUAAUGUUGAAGGAAAACGAUGUAACAAAUGCAAAGUGAGCAAUUUCAACCUGGAUUCGGGUAAUCCUGAUGGUUGUAUGCCGUGCUUUUGCUUUGGUGUGACGUCACAAUGUAAAUGUGCAAGAGGAUUCCGUGACAAGGUUCGACUAUCUUACAGAUACGAGCCAAAUGGGCUAGACAGCGCUGUUCGUUUGGUUGAUCGCCUGGGUGUUACUGUCGUGAACACUGGAAUACUACUGGUUGGUGUUCCACCACAAUUUGUUUAUAACCGGUUUGAUCGGUUGCCAAGGAAAACUUACUAUUGGUAUCUACCGAUACAGUUUCUUGGAGAUAAAAUCAGCUCAUAUGGUGGGACAUUGAGCUACACGAUAUCUCAUGACACAUUACCUGGAGGUCAGCUAACUAGAGAAUCAGACGUCGAAAUCAGAGGAUAUGGUUUAGUACUGGUACACAAGCUAAGGUUUCCACCAACGGGAGGAGAAGAAAUCACUCAUCACGUCCGUCUAGUUGAGUYCUCAUUCACAUUUCCUAAUGGACUAGCCGUGUCUCGUGAAGACUUGAUCAUCGCUUUGUCGGCUAUAAAGAGUAUUCUUAUAAGGGCUACCUAUAGCAGUACAACAUACCAAGCAAGCCUAUAUGCCGUCGCAAUGGACAUUACCGUCCCACACGACACAUUACUUGAACAAAUCAACACAGUAGAGCAGUGCAAAUGUCCUCGUGGUUAUGCUGGAUUAUCAUGCCAGAAAUGUUCACGUGGUUAUACUCGAGUCAAGCCAGGUCCAGGCUUCUCUCGCUGUGUUCGCUGUAACUGCAACGAACACAGUUUAGAGUGUGAUCCUGAAACUGGAAAAUGUUUGAACUGCAAUGAUAAUACAGCUGGAGAUCACUGUGAGCUGUGUAAGGAUGGUUACUAUGGCGACGCUACUCGGGGAUCACCGGCUGAUUGUAAAGUUUGUUCAUGUCCUCUUAGCAUUCCAACGAAUUUGUUUAGUAAAAGUUGUCGUAUCGAUAUUGAUGGAUACCCAACAUGUACAGCUUGUCAACAAGGUUACAUGGGACGUGAUUGUGGAAGAUGUUCACAAGGCUACACAGGGAACCCAAGAUCACCUGGAGGAAAGUGUGAAAAAGUACCAGAGGAGUUGUUGCCGAAGGCCACCGUCUGGCCGCAAUAUCGUAGAGACAGCGAGGGCACACGAACAGUAUUUUAUUGUUUAUCCAAUGGUAAAAGACCGUUAACGGUCAGUUGGUCUCGCCUGGACAACCGUCCCCUGUCAUCACGUGCACAGGCAGACAGUCGCGCUAUUAAUAUACCUAUUGUACGUAAAGAGGACGAAGGAGGAUAUGUGUGUACUGUAAGAAAUGCAUAUGGACAACAUACUGCACGAGGAACUCUCAACGUGCUGGCAAGACCCGAGGAUCCAAUCACAGUAUCAGUUUCUCCACGAACACUUCACAUCUCAGCCAAGAAAACUGCUCGUUUCGUCUGUAAAGCUAAGAGUCCCACGUAUGCAACGGUUAAAUGGACCAAGGGCCAAUCAGGGACGCUACCCCCUGACGCCAAAGACAAAGAUGGAAUAUUAACCAUACCAUCUGCUAGUGGAUGGCAUACGGGAACAUAUACGUGUACAGGGUCCAAUCAGUACAGUUUUGAUCAGAUUAGUGUUCAGCUAAGAGUUGCAGAUGUUAUCAGACCUCAAGUGUCUAUUAUUCCUCGCUUCCUCACUGUAGAUGAAGGGGAUCCUGUGGAAUUUCGAUGUUCUGCCAGUGGUUUCCCCCCACCUGAGCUUACUUGGACAGGUCGUGCUGUGGGUCGUCUUCCUGAUGAGGUUCUGUUGUCUAAGGGUAAUUCAGUUUUCAAAAUCCUUAAAGCCAAGAAGGACCACGAAGGGGAAUACUUCUGUAUUGCAAAAAAUGACGGCGCCUUGGGAAGGAUGAGAACAGUAUUGAACGUUAAAGCCAUUGGAAGUGCUCCAAUAGUCCAGAUAAACCCCAAUCAACUAUUAUUAACCGAAGGUGAUGUGGCUGAAUUGAAGUGUACAGCCACCGGCGACCCACAACCGAUUAUUCGCUGGAAUCGAGUUGAGGGGAAUUUUUCGCAGUCGACUUCGAGGGUAGGCGGCGUAAUGAGAAUCGAUCCCACAGCUGUUGAAGACCAGGGCACCUAUGUCUGCACUGCGGCAAACCGGUUUGGAGCUGUCGCAGAAAAUGCUGUCAUCAGUGUAGAAAAAGACCAAUCUAUUUCUCCAACCGCUUCUGUAUUCCCUGAUGAAAUCACUGCAAAUGAAGGAGAAACAGCAGAAAUAACCUGUGAAAUCUACGGCAGUCCCACACCGAGCAUGGAAUGGAGCCGAGUGGGCGGAGUUCUACGAGAUAAUCAUAUCCUCAAGGAAAACAAGCUAAGUAUCGUUAACAUCACUGAAAAUGACGAAGGAAUGUAUGUCUGCAUUGCACAGAACAGAAAAGGAGUCAAACAAGCAACAUCGAUUGUGCGAGUUACAAAGAAUAUGAUGCCAAAAGUAGAGAUAAUGCCAACCGCCAAUCAAACUGUGAUUGGUGGUGAAACGGUCGUUUUCAGGUGCAUGGUAAAGGAAGGAGAGCCAAAACCAUCAGUGAUGUGGAUGGACAGCAGUGAAAGACCUGUCAAUACCUCUGCUUCACAUGUCAAGGAUAAUGUAUUGAUGAUAUCACAUGUUUCAAGUGAAGACGAGGGUCGCUAUGUUUGUCGGGCUAGCAAUUCUAUAGGGACUGUUUAUGCUGAAGCUGUGCUUACAGUUCAAGCUGAACCACAUGUAUCCGUCACGCCGUCAAGUCCCCACGUAGUCCCAGUGGGUAGUCAAGUCACACUCGUCUGUUCAGCAACAGGUGACCCCCUCCCCACUAUGCAGUGGAUUGCUCCGGUCUCGAACAGCGCACUUCUUAGACCCGUCAAGAUUAAACCAGGCAAGUUGCAGUUGGUCAUUGAGCAUGUGACGUUACAAGAUCAAGGUGAUUAUCGAUGUAUGGCGACUAAUGUAGCUGGGAGUUCACAAGCUUUUAUAAAGAUAGUCGUCACACCGCUCGUGAAUAAGCCACCAGACGUAAUGGUUUUUCCUACCAAUAGUACAAUGCUGGAAGGCGAAAAGGUCGUGUUUCAGUGUGAUAAAUCCGGUAUACCUACCCCUACUGUGACAUGGUCCAGAGUAGGAGGUAGUUUGCCGGAUACGGCCAUUAUCUCGGAGUCUGGGCUGUUGAAAAUAGAAUCUGUCAGUUCCAAUGACCAGGGAGUGUACUUAUGCACAGCAAUAAACAGUGAAGGUUCAGCUACAGCUAAAGCAGAAUUAAAGGUUACAGUUCCUCCAAAGGUUUCCAUAACUCCACAGCAAGUGUCUGUCAAUCUGGGGGAUUCAAUUCGUUUAUUUUGUGUCUCUUCUCCGACACUUCCCCUGGCAUGGACCAAACACAGGGGUACCAUAUCUGAUAGUGCGGUAAUUGACGGGGGAGUCCUAAUAAUAAUGGAAACUACCGUCCAUGAUACUGGGAAGUACCGUUGUCAAGCAAGGAACGAUGCAGGUUCUAAUGAUGCUGUUGCUAUGGUAACUGUAUUUGUGCCUCCCAAAAUCGAAAUGUCUUCAGCCAAUUACGUGACAGCCCUUGGCUCCAACGUCACAUUCAAAUGUAAUGCCACAGGAACCCCACAUCCGGUCAUAACUUGGACGAAAGAAAAUGGAUAUCUUCCAAAAUAUCAUAUAAAUGAGGGAGGCGCACUGACUAUCUUUGACAUGAAGGGAGUGGAUCAAGGCAGGUAUUUGUGUACAGCGACUAAUGCUGCAGGAUAUUCAGAGAUGACGGUUACUUUAGCAAUUGAAGGGCUUCCGAACGUAUCGAUCGUUGGUGGCACGUCAGUCAAAACUGUUCCCGUAGGGGGUAACCUAACUUUACAGUGCCUUGGGAAUGGGAUCCCAAGGCCAAGCAUUCGCUGGAAUAGAGUUGAUGGUGAACUACCCAAAAAUGUAGAGGAAGGCGAAGGUGCUUUGCUGAUUAAGGAUGCCCAACCUUCGUAUGGAGGUUCAUAUCGCUGUACCGCCAGAAAUAGGGUUGGCUCAGUCCAGUCACAAGUCGUUAUAUUCAUUCAAGAUGCACCAAAAGUGACUAUCAGUCCAGAAGUACACAAAGUCAAAAUAGGUGAAGCUGCUAAAUUCAGCUGCAUCGCAAGUGGGUCUCCAUCACCGGAAGUUACCUGGGAUCGUUUGAAUCAUAGCACACUUUCUAAUCGACAUAAAAUAAAGGGAGGCCAGCUGAUAAUUACAAAUAUAUCACGUGACGAUGCUGGUAUUUACAUAUGUCGUGCUGCAAACAUGGAAGGUACUGCAGAAUCAUCUGCUACUAUUAAGAUAAAAGGAACAGUUCCAAGAUUUGAACAAAAUCCUGCCUCAUAUAUGACGUUUCCAACCUUGACAAACGACCAUUUCAACUUCACUAUUGAGUUAUUUUUCGUCCCUGAGAUUGCUGAUGGAUUAAUUCUCUACAACGACCAGCAUGACAUUGACGGUGUAGGAGACUUUGUUGUUUUUGGGAUGUCAGAUGGGUUUGCUGAGUUUAGAUUCGACCUAGGAUCAGGUGGUCCAGCGCUCAUACGCAGUAAAUACCAACUUGUAUUGAACGACUGGUACACAGUAAAGCUGACUCGAUAUGGAAACCAGGGAACACUCCAAAUCAAUAAUGAAGAGAUAAGAAGAGGGAAUUCUAAAGGAAAGACGACUCAAUUGAAUUUGAACCAGCCUUUACACCUUGGAAGCGUGGCUAAUUUCAGCUUGAUAAAAAGCUUGGCUGGAUUUAGCAAGGGAUUUAUUGGAUGUAUGGGUUACGUAGCUGUCGAUGGCAAGCAUAUUGAACUCGGAAAACCUGAUGUAAGUGUGGGAGUGACUGACUGUGAACCAUGUCUAACCAUGCCUUGUAAAAACACAGGAAAAUGUCUAGAGACCAACGAGGCUCCUGGUUUUGUCUGUAACUGUAGAUCAGGAUUCAAUGGUCUAACGUGUCAGGAAUUCGGGGAGCGGUGUUUUCCUGGCGCGUGUAAGAAUGGACGGUGUGUGAACUUGGAGGAUGGGGGUUUGAAAUGUAUAUGUCCCGUAGGAUACACAGGGAAGAGAUGCGAAGAAGGUACAAAGAUCGAAACACCGAUGUUUGAAGAGACAUCCUUCAUGUCUUACCCAGCAAUCCAAGGGGCCCUAUUAGAAACUAAAUUGAGCAUGCGCUUUAUGGUACACGAAGAUGGCAACAUGCUACUGUUAUACAAUGGUCAGCAGGUUUAUCCUACUCGAGGUGAUUUCAUAUUAUUGGCUGUGGUCGACGGUAAACUGGAAUUCCGAUUCGACUUAGGCUACGGGGCCGCAGUAAUACAAAGCAAGAAUAACAUAACCACUGGACAUUGGCAUACAGUCGUAGCUGAAAGAUUUUAUCGUGACGGCUCUAUGAUCUUGGAUUCAGAGCCAGCGGUGAAGGGAAAAGCGCCGUGCUGUGGUGUUGGUCUUAAUCUAGCACUGCCUCUUUAUAUUGGUGGACUGCCAAACAUGACUACAGAUGCCACCAAGAGACUCGAGGUGGAUAAAGGUUUAAUAGGCUGUGUUUCCGACUUGUCUAUCGACGACAAUGAAAUUGACUUGGUGAAUUCUUAUGUUGAGAUGAGGAGUAUUAAGCAGUGUAAAGCCUGCCUCCUUCCUUGUCAGGUGAAACCUUGUAUGAACAAUGCUACAUGUGAGCCGCAAGGACAGACAGCUUACAUAUGUAUCUGCUCUCCAGGCUACACAGGAAAGAAUUGCGAGUUUCCUCUGGUAGGGCCUGGAAAAAACCGUACUUGUCUUAAUGGGGGAUUACCCUUUCCUCCAACGGGAAGAGUUUGUGAUUGUCCCAUAGGAUAUGGAGGGACGCGUUGUGAGAGUGUCGUCCAGUUACAAGACACCAUUUCUUUCUCUGGAGACGGUUACGUACAAUAUCUAAAUUCUAUCAUGAAGCGAAAAUUAAGGAAGCUGGAGACGAUAACAUUGAGAUUUAAGACGAGUUCACGAAACGGGCUCAUUUUUUGGCAAGGACAGAAAAUUGGUGCAUCAAAAGGCGAUUAUAAUUCACUAGGGUUACGAAAUGGGUAUCUUGAAUACAGUUUUGAUUUAGGGGCGGGUCCUGCUUUACUGGUAUCUCGCCGCCAACUGGAUGAUGGGAAAUGGCAUUACGUGAAGAUGUUCAGGCAAAGUGAAAAAGGUGUACUGAUAGUCGAUAACGACGAGAUGGUAAAUGGAACUUCAUCAGAAGGAGCAAGGAGUUUGAACAGCCCUGGACCGAUAUUCCUAGGCGGUGGCGAAGACAUCACCAGCCUUACAUUUGGACGAUUYAGUUAUAAUUACAAGGGAUGUAUAGGAGGACUUUAUUUGCAGUCAAGAGCCGUCAAGCUACAAAAAGAUGCAGCAAAAGGAUACAAUGUUUUACCGUGCGAAACUGAAGACGACUAUACCUGAUAAGAUCUGUCACACGACUAAUAUCACUUUAUUCUGCAUGCGCUGAAUUCUUUACUACCUACAGGGAUAUAUUAUAUAAUAAACGUACCUUUUGGUGAUAUCGAAAACAGACUAAAGCAUUUACAUACUUCAUUCUAUAACACUAAUCACAGGUUUCUUACUUAAAGCUAGAGAUUUUGGUGUGGUGAUAACCUCGGGGCGAAAGGAAAAAAUAUCAUAGAUUACUAGAUAAGGAAUAAUCUUUUUUUCAUUUAAAGUAUACUGAAAAUAAAAUUAAUUAAAGAACUAUAAUUCAUUUGCACAA